AUGGUCACACACAGCUACGCCCGCUCGCCCGCCUGCUACGAUGACCCCGUCUUUGCCCGCACCCACUUCCUCGCCCGUGUCGCCUCCGAGGACAUCGGCGUAGAGCAGGCCGGCCAGCGCCACAAGCUCAGCAGCGCCAAGCUCGACGACCUCCAGGGCUGGGACUCGCGCUGGUUCCACGGUCACCGCAUCACAAACGACGACGACGACGACGACAGCAGCUGCAGCAGCAACGGCGGCCACGGCGACUACGGCAACGACGCCGAGUCGCGCCCUCACUACCGCCCGAGGCAGUCUCAGGCCUCUUCGUCAUUGGCGUCGUCGUCGGCGGCAGCACCGCUCUCGGUAGCCAACGUCGCCCGUCUGCGCAGCUCGACUGUGCCGCACCAGGUCGAGCACCCUUCUCACCUCGGCCAGACGCCUGCCGACAAGGUGCGAUCGGCUCUCCUGUCUGCCUCGGUGACCGCCAAGCACCGCGUCCGCCAUGACCGCUCCGCCUCGGCACCCGAGCCCAGGCUGCUGCCCGCUCAGCCCCUCUCGAUCAACACGGCCCAGCCCCUCCGCCUCGCCCAGCCCGACCUCUGCACCAUGUCGCCCCUGGCUUACCCCGUUGGCAUCUUUGACGCUGCCGACGGCUCCUCAUCCACCGACCUGCCCGCCACGCAAGCCACGCCCGCCAAGCGCAGGUCGACCUCGCGAUCCACCUCGUCCUCGCCCGCCUCGCCCAGUAGUCCCGCGGCCGUUGCGGGGGCCUCGGCCCGUCACUCGUCCCGAGGGGCCGCGCGCCCCACGGUCAUCGAGUGCUCAGAGUCGGACGGAUCGUGCCACAACGACGCCGGCGACGCCGACCCCGAGGGCCAGCUGGCCGCCGAAAUCAUCCGCCUGCGCAACGCCCGGAAGCUCGACGCCCCUCGCGAGGCCGCCUCGCCCGCCCACCCGCUGCAGCCCAAGAUCGACGAGGGGCUCAAGCUCACCACCUCUGACUACGCGCCCGAGGACGACGACGCCGACCAUUUUGAUCUCUCGGCAUCCGACGGCGAGCGCUCCGACGCCAUCAUCCACAGCCACGCCAGCCACCCCAUCCUGCGCUUCGCCGAGGCCAUGCUCGAGUUCGGCACCUGCUCGCUCGAGCGGUUCACGUCCGACGACGGCAACGGUGCUCAGGUCUCGGUCACGGUCGGCCGCUUGCCCUCGUCUCGGGAGUUGCCGCCGCAGCAGGAGCGACCGUCGCCGCGGCGGAUCUCGACGACGCCCAAGGACCUGGGCCGCGAGGCGCAGCUGAUGCGCCUCAAGAGGCAGGAGAGCACGUCGUCGGCGCGCUCGAGCCGCAGCAACUCGGUCAACAGCCUCGCCACCUGGUUCCAGGGCUCCGAGCCCAAGCUCAGCCUGCGCGCCCGCGCCAGCCGCCAGGCGACGAGCCUGCUCAGCUUGCCCUCGCUGCUUGCCCCCUCGGCCUCGGAAGGCUCGAUCGACACCAGCACCACGGCCUCGUCGUCGAUGCCGGCCAGCCCGCGUCCCGCGGUCUCGCGCCUCUCCGAGACGGAUGCCGAAGACGACCUCGCCGACGCCGACGCCCAGCGCCACUUUGCCGGUCUCGGCGCCAGCGGCCGACCUGCCUACCCGAGCUACGUCUACGGCCUCGACGGCUACCCGGACGACCCCGCGCCUCACCUCGCGCCGUCCUCGGCGGGCAUGGAUGUCGUCUUCCAACGCUUCGACGACGAUCUCGACCUCGGCAAGCACGCCAGCGACGGCGCUGCCUCGAAGCCCGCCGCCGCCCACGUCACCAUCAGCCCGCUCUGGAGCGAGGACCUCGGCGAUGCCUCGCAGCAACCCUCUAGCAUCUGGAACAGCCUCUUCAGCUCCUAG